GAGUCCUUUGACCUGGCCAAUGUACAGGAUGGCCUUUUCGAAGGAUUUCUACUUGAACGCGUGAUGAAACAUGUACUUACCGGUCCCUCGUCCGCACUCGCUGGAGACGACUUUCACGUCUCCAAUUCUUGCAAUGCCGUAAUCCACGGAAUGAUGACAGUGGAAGCCGAAAACAUUGCUUACGCAGCCGUUCAGGCACGCUCAGCAAUUACUUCUCGCGACAAAUGGACCGCAGAGGAUGGUAAAUUCUCGUAUCGAAAAUUUUAUUACAGGAUCAUCGACGUCAUUCGCAAUCCGCCAGACAAACGAUGGGCAACAGCAAUCCUACAACACUACAAC